UCAAACUCCAAUCUCUUCUUCGCGUCUCUUUAUGUAAAGGUUUCGAUCUGGCAAAGGAAUGAUCCCUUCUCUCUUUUCCGAUUUGGGGAUUUGAUAUAUUGUUAAAGAAUCCGCCAUGAUAGCGGCUAUGCUGCAAAAACAACAGCAGCAGAAACAUGCGGUUGCAGCGACAGCUACGGCGGGGGAUACAAAAACAUCGGCCGAAGAAGAGACCUUGAAGAGGAACACAGAUUGCGUUUACUUUCUUGCCUCACCUUUAACCUGCAAAAAGGGAAGUGAAUGUGAGUAUCGCCAUUGCGAAUAUGCUCGGAUUAACCCAAGGGAUUGUUAUUACUGGCUGAAUGGUAAUUGCAUGAACCAUAAGUGCGGAUUUCGGCAUCCUCCCCUUGAUGGUUUGCUGGGAACACAAGUAGCAGCUCCGGCUGGUUCUUCCGUGCCUUCGUCACACAUCGCUGUGACACCAACACCGGCUAGUUAUAACCAGGGUGUUUCUUACAAUCCCGGAAAACAAGCAGUGCCAUGUGUUUUCUUCCAAAAGGGGCUUUGCUUAAAAGGUGACUGGUGUGCUUUUCUGCAUGGUCCAAGUACGAGUAAUAAAGCCCCUCAGCCAGCUGCAUUGCAUGGUCCAUGUACUAGUACUAGAGCCCCACAGCCGGCUGCAAACAUCACUGCUACCGAACCUAAUUCUUAUAAGAAGAUUUUUGGCGAUGCUGAUUCAUCUCAGUUGCAGAAGUUUCCCCCAAUUAAUGUUUCAAGGACAGUUGGAGUACCUCCUGAAAGUAAACCUGCCCCAAAACUUGAAGCUGCUUCGACUAGGACUGGUACUUCUAUUGGGGGAACUGUGCCACAUCCGGCUGGCAUGGAUGAGGAACUUCCUAAAUGUAAAGGAACAUACACUACCUCAGUUGUAAAUGAUAGUGCCAUGGGUCGUUCCAAUCGUUUGCAUCAAGUCCACAUUUCAGAUGAACCGAGUUUUCAUGCUGGUAAGGAGACUGACGAACUUUUGAGGGAGUCUUCUCCUGGGUUUGAUGUUCUUGUGGAUGAUGAGCAUGGAGAUUCUGAUUUCUACCACAGUGAAGAGAGAGAUGGAGGAGAGAGAGGACAUGAGGGAAGGAAUGUGAAUGAAUAUGAGAUUGGUCUUGCUGCUAAUUAUGAUGCCAUGGUUGAUGCUGACCGAGAUAUGUUUCUUGAUGGGAAUUACUAUGAUUCGUUUGACCAUGUGCAAAGGAACUACGGAUGGGACCAACCGAGUGCUUCAUCUGAGAGGAUAUCUCUGGGACCUUCCACACUUGAAAGAAGGGGCUACACCAGAGUUAAUAGUCUUGAUCGUGUUGAGGAGUCAGACCUACGGCAUCAAUUAUCUAAGCAUACGCAGGUCAAUGGCCUGAGGUCUGUUUUCAGUCAGGAUCGUGCCCUAGAAAACCAUGAAAGGGAGCAAAAUUACUGCGAUUCUCUUAGAGACUCACACCAUUUCCCUGCCCAUGAGAGCUCCUUUAGUAGUCGCCUUCGGGGUAGAAUAAAGCUUCCUGGAAGAUCUCUAGUUAACGUGACUGAUUCACGUCCUGAAAGAGAGAUAGAAAGGGGGCCAAAUUGGGGCCGAUUUUCGCCAGGAAAGCCACAAACCACCUCCCACCAGGGGAGGCUCCGUGACAGAAUAAAAGGAAGGGUGGAAGGGGAAUACAACAAUAAAGAUGGUCGAAGGUUUGGGGGUUCAAGAAUAAGACGAGAAAUAAUGGAUGAGAGGAAUGCUGAUUUUGCUGGUCCAAAACGUCUUGCAGAGCUGAAAGUUUGUAAGAAUAUUGAUAAUAAUGAGCACCUUUCUCUUGGAAAGCGAAAGAGCAUAGAGGAUCAUAAACAAACCGAAGGUGGUAUUUCAUUUGAAGGGCCAAAGUCUCUAAGUGAGAUUCUGAAGAGAAAGAGGCAAUCUGAACCUACAACUUCUGGAAGUGGUAUAGCAUCGGCACAUAAAGAUGUUAACCAGAAACAAAGCAAAGAAAGCUUGAAUGACGGCUCCAGUAACACAGUAGUUUCAUUGAUGCUGGAGGAGGCCAACAGAAAGGAUCAAUCCAAGUCUACAUCUGCAGAUAUUGGGACUGCAGAAGUUGCUCAUGGUGAAUCUUCUCAACUAAACAAUCACAAGCAUGAGAAUGAGGACGGGAUAAUUGGGGACGUGACAAUAGAAAAUCACAAGCACGAGGCAGAUGACCGGGGGGAUGAAGGGGAGUAUCACUACGAGGAGGGUGAUGAAGGAGAGUAUAAAUACGAGGGUGAAAAUGCGGACCCCAAAGAGGAAUACAUAGAGGAGGAAGACGGGGAUGACUUUGGAAAGAAGAUUGGUGUCAUGUUUUCAUGAACAGUGGGGAGAUAUAGAGAUGGUGAGAUAAUAUUGGAAUUUUCAUUGUAGAAGUAGGGGGGCAGUGAGUUUUGUUAUGUUCUCAUUGUAUUUAUGGGGGAUGAUGAUUCUUAUGUUUUUGAGGCCUUUUUAAUGUGCCUAGCAGUUGAACUUUAGAUUGUCCUAGUGCAUGGCUGGAAAGUUAGGAGAAUAGGGAAAAUUUUAAAUCUCCA